AUCUCUAACCGAUCCAAGAUCCGAAACACUUUAAGCAAGCCCCACAGAACCCAACCAAAGUCAAUCAAUCCAAGAAAACACUUGUGAAAUCCAUUGAACAAGGAAAGUGUCGUACGCAACAAAAAAAGCAUUCCAAUGUUGUCCUGUUUGGCGCCAUCGUCUACUCGUUUUGGCCAAGAGGAUAACAUUAUACAGCAGAGCAUGCCAUCAUCCACAGCCUUCUCCAUGCAGUUUUCCUCUUUGGCCUCCAAUUUGCAUCAUCACCAAGCACACAACAAGCCCAGCAAUGUGGCUGCCAAUCCGGAGAUUGCGGCCAGCGCCACAGCGAAUGCAGCCGACGACUGUUUGGUCAAGUGCACGCAGUGCCACAAGCGCUUCAAUGAGUUUCAGUCGUUCAGCGAGCACAUUGCCAACGAGCAUCCGCACGACAAGCUUAACUAUGAGCCACAUCGGGUCGCUGCUGAGGCUGCGCAGCCGGAGAGCGAGGCGGAGGAGGAUGAGCAGAGUAAUUUGAGCAGCAGCAGUCGCCGCUAUGCCAAGUCCCCAAACAGCAACAACAACAACAAUAACAACAACAACAACAACAGCGAGUUGGCCAAGAAUCAAAACAACAACAACAAUAACAGCCACAGUGGCAGCAGCAGCCACAGAAGCCAGCACUCGCCUCUGUGCUCCCCGGUUGCCACUACGCCCAGCGAUUUGUUUGCCCACCUGCCGCAUCCGCCGCCGCAGCUGCCCGCCCAUUUGCAUGCACAGUUCAUGGCCGCCGCUGCCCUGGCCAUGCAGUCCGCACGCUCCGCCAGUUCGCCCAGCCACCAACAGCAGCACCAACAGCAGCAGCACCAACAGCAGCAGCAGCAGCAACAGCAGCAACAACAGCAGCAGCAGCCGCAGCUGCAGCAGGCUUUGCUGUUGCCACCGCCACAGCCCGGCAGCAACAGCAGCGUCGGCAGCAAUUCCGCUUAUGAUUUGGACUUGAGUGCUCCCCGUUCCACCUCCAGCCCGGGCUCCACAACGGGCGAUCUCAGCGCCGCCUUUCCCUGCAUGCAAUGCACUGCGGCCUUUCCCAGCCGCGAGCAGCUCGAACAACAUCAGCUGCUCCACUCACCCCCGGGCCCGCAAACCACGCAGAAUGUGACUCAGACCUGCAAAAUAUGCCACAAGGCCUUUGCGAACGUUUAUCGCCUGCAGCGGCACAUGAUCAGCCACGACGAGUCGGCGCUGCUGCGCAAAUUCAAAUGCCUUCAGUGCGACAAGGCCUUUAAGUUCAAGCAUCAUCUGAAGGAGCAUGUGCGGAUCCAUUCCGGCGAGAAGCCUUUCGGCUGCGACAACUGCGGUAAACGCUUCUCCCACUCGGGCAGUUUCUCCUCCCACAUGACCUCCAAGAAGUGCAUCAGCAUGGGCCUCAAGCUGAACAACAAUCGUCAAAUGCUGAAAACUCUGGACAAGAAUGCCAGCGCUGGACGCUCCCCAACAGAUCAGCCGCAGCAGCAGCUGGCGGGCAAACGUUCCUGCAAGCUGCCGGAGCCGGUGCUGCCCAAUCCGAUGAAUUACUUUGCUGGCGAAGUCCAAGCCCCACCGGCAGCUGCCAAUGCUCCCGCGCCCUUUUAUCCCAACUACAGCGCGAUGAAUGCGGCUUUGUUGGCAUUUCCAAAUGCUUUUAUGGCUGCAGCGCUGGACCCGCGCAUGCAUCCCUACAGCAUACAGCGACUGCUGGAGCUGACGGCUGCCGGUCAGCAGCAGCGGGAAGAGCAGCAGGAGCGGCUGGAGCAGGAGCAUAGAGAGGAGCAGCCGCUCUAUGAGCCCAGCAAGGAUGAUGAUGAGACGCCCGAUGAGCCCAAGCUGGUUAUGGAUCUAGAGGAGUCGGAGCCCAAGCCAGCGGCUACGGCCGAGCUGCCCGCUGCAGAACCACUUGAAGAUGCCGCCGCUGUCAAGCAGGAACCCAGUCGCGAGCCGACGCCACCAGACACGCCCAAGUCCAUCAAACUGGAGCAGGAGGAGUUGGAGGCAGCGCCCGUGGAGCAAACGCGUGCGCAGACACCUAAAGAUCUGCGCUGCAGUCGCUGCGCCAAGCAAUUCAAUCAUCCCACAGAGCUGGUGCAGCACGAGAAGGUGCUGUGCGGCCUAAUUAAGGAGGAGCUGGAGCAGCACUACCAGCAGCAACAACAACAACAACAGCAGCAACAACAACAACAGUCGUCAAGCUUUGCGUUGCUACCUUCGGCCAGUGAAGCGGACGAGGAUGACGAGGAAGAGGAGGAGCCUCGUCAGGAUUACCAUGCCGGCAGCAGCGACAGCGGCGAACGCAAAGUGCGCGUGCGCACCGCCAUCAACGAGGAGCAGCAGCAGCAGCUGAAGCAGCAUUACGCCCACAAUGCGCGCCCCAGUCGGGAUGAGUUCCGGCUGAUAGCCGCCCGACUGCAGCUGGAUGCGCGCGUGGUCCAGGUCUGGUUCCAGAACAAUCGUUCACGCGAGCGCAAGCUGCAGAGCUAUGCGAGCAGCGGAGAGUCCACGGCUGCCGCUCCAGUAUUGCCUCAGCCGCGCGCUGGCGAGGAUCAGCCGUUGGAUCUGUCCGUUAAGCGAGAUGCCUCCCCGCUGUACGGCCUGCCCCCUCAGCAGGCAGCUGCACAGCCCGCGCCCGCUGACUUUCCUGAGGCCAUGGCCAUUAAUCUGAGCCGCAAACUUCCCAGCUCGGCCUCCAUGUCGCCGGCUUCGCUGUCGCCCUGCUCGGGCGCCUCUUCGUUGCAGCAAUCGGCCGCAGCUGCUGCUGCCGCUGCAGCGCUUUAUUUUGCGCCCCCCUCGCCGCCCGGCAUGCACGACGGAGCGCACACGUUGCCAACGCACAGAGCAGCGCCGCGUGGACAAGCGUUUCCCGGCCUGCCGCCGUACAUGCUGCCACGCCUGCCCAUGGAGGCGCUCUUCCAGAUGCAACCCGGCGGCGACUAUGCGCCCAAUCCGCUCAUGAACAGUAUUAAGAUGCCCGACUAUCGCGGCACCAGCCUCAGUCCCGGCGGCUCCGAGAAGCGUUCGUGGCGCGACGAUGAUUCGCGCAUCUCGCAUGAGGACGACUAUGUGCUGGCGGGCGGCGGUCUAUUGCCGCCCAAGCCGAAGCGCGCCAAGGCCGAGACGCACGGUCAUGCCGGCGAUCCGGAUCUUCCCUUCGUUUGCGAUCAGUGCGACAAGGCGUUCGCCAAGCAGAGCUCCCUGGCGCGUCACAAGUACGAGCAUUCCGGUCAGCGACCUUACCAGUGCAUGGACUGCCCCAAGGCCUUCAAGCACAAGCAUCAUUUGACGGAGCACAAGCGUCUGCAUUCCGGCGAGAAGCCGUUCCAGUGCUCCAAAUGCCUGAAGCGCUUCUCCCACUCGGGCAGCUACAGCCAGCACAUGAACCACCGUUACUCCUACUGCAAGCCCUACAGGGAAUAG